ACGCAAUCAGCAACUAAACAUUAAAACUCUUUUAAAGCUGAAUUGGAGUAGUUUGUUCAUAGAAUGUACUAGUAACACUGUUAAUUCUUAUUUUCUACUAAUUUGAUUUCGAAAUGCAACUAUAGUACUAAAUAAACAAAGAAUAAUGAGUUCAAUUCAUUUUGUUGUACAUCCCUUGCCGGGGAGUGAAGAUCAAUUAAAUGAAAGGCUAAAAGAAGUUGCUGAACGAACUAAUAGAUGUGGAUACAGUGUACCAUCUGUUCUUGCACAGCUAAAAAAUGCUGCUGUUAUUCAGUGUGUUGUAGGCCCAAAUCAUGUAGCUUUUCUUCUAGAGGAUGGACGUAUAUGUCGUCUGGCAUUUUCUGUUGUGUCUGAUCGAUUGGAUCUUAGUAAAAAUGAAGCAUCCAAAGCAUUAAAUUUGAAAGGGAGUAGUAGUUCCAGUUCUACUACACGAGCUGCUGCUCCUCGGAAUCGUGGUCGCAUCUUGCGCACAUCGAGUGGCCGAGGUAGAGGCAGUGGAGUCAUCAUGGGAUCUUCUCGGCCAGUUGUUCCUGCUCCUUAUGUUCCAGAAGAACUCAUUGCACAAGCACAAGUUGUCCUUCAGGGCAAGUCACGUAACCUCAUUCUUCGUGAACUUCAGAGAACUAAUUUAGAUGUGAACUUAGCAGUUAAUAACUUGCUUAGUCGAGAUGAUGAAGAAGGAGAAGAUGCUGAUGAUAAUCAAGAUUCUUACAUGCCUGGAGAUGAUUUGAUAUCUUUGCUGGAUGCUGGCAUGCAUAGUGAUCAUCCUAGUGUGAUCAUAGAUGCUGAUGCAAUGUUUUCUGAAGACAUGUUUGGUUAUUCCACUCUGAGAAAUAGAUCCGGCAGUAGAGGGCGUUCUGGACCAGCGCGUGGAGAACGAAGUGAUCUCGCAGGACCGAAUGCUCCGAAGCGGAGCGUCGCCACGGGCCCGCGCAAUUUUUGCAGUGAAAGGGAACGAGAUGGGGAUAGAGAACGAGAUCGUGAUACAAUGUUUCGCUUACGAGAGCGGCAGUAUUCAGGUUCCAGACGAUGGUUGGAGACUGCAUUAAGAGACAGUGGUGCAAGCGAUAAAUCCGGUGAAUCUGUUGGCACUCCUGAGAACAAGAAGAGAGAUGUCACCGAAGCCAAUCCACUUUGGUUGUCCGAUGAAUUGGAAUUUUGGCCUGAAAAACCUGGACAGUUUAAAAAUUUUGUGAAAAUGGGAGCUCUAUAUUCUGAAUUGGUUGCUGUAACUUCAACUGGUCAGCUUUAUCAAUGGAAAUGGAGUGAGCCUGAACCAUAUCGGUGUGAUACACCUGGUGUAUAUCAUCCUAAAACUGUCAGUCUGGGUUUGAAUGGCGAACAAAUAACACAUCUUUCUGCUUGUUCCAUUCGAGCUUCUGUUGUUACUGAAAGUGGAAAAUGUGCCACAUGGCUGGAUGAAAGCUUAGCUGCUGUCUCUUCAAAAUUAGAACAUUCUGCACAAGUUUUCCCUGAGUUUCAGCUAGAAAAAAUAACCUCACUUUAUGUUUGCUCUUUGUUUUCUUGCGUUCGUUUAGAAUCGGGAGCAAUAUAUUGGUGGGGUGUAGCACCUUAUGCUCAACGAAAACGAUUGUGGGAGAAAGCACGUGCCAAAUCUAAAAAGCAGUCUUCAUCCUAUUCGUCAGAAGUUGUUACUGGUGCUCAGGUCGUAAUGCGAAACAGUCCAAUGUAUCAUUCUGGAGCAUUAGCGUUCACCAAUGCUGGUAAUGUUCCCAGAGUGGGACAGCUCAUGUCUGCUGCUUGGAAUCUAACAGAUACUUGCCAUUUUAAAAUUUUACCACCUGGUUCAAACCUAAGUGAGAAAAAAAUUGAGAAAGAAGCUAAAGACAUUGUGAAAAUAGAAAAUAAACCAGUUUGUCAAGAAAUGCCUCCACCUCCAUCACCUGCUUCAUCAACUUGCAGUGAACCUGCUUCCAGUCCUUUACCACCGAAACGCAAACAUAGAUCCAGUUUGCAAGCAAGAGAAGAUGGAGAUCGUAAGGAAGAGGAAGCAUGGGCUUUGAAAGAUGUUAUUUUUGUUGAGGAUGUUAAAAAUGCUCCUGUUGGAAAAGUUGUUAAGGUCGAUGGAGUUUAUGCUGCUGUUAGUUUUAGUAAUUCAAAUGGUACUCAUCAGUUUGGUACUUCAAAUGAAGAUCUUAGCACCUUGCUUCAAGAGUGCAGGCUAAUGAGGAAAGAUGAACUCCUUGUUGUGAAGAGUGGCAAUACGCCUAGAGUACCCGAUUGUUUUCAGCGAACUCCACGCAAAGUUAAUAUUCCUGAUACAAGCUCAAUUUUAACCAUGGCUGUAGAUGGCCAAGGUAUUCAUGCGAUUGUUAAAAAUGGUGAUCGAUUAAGCUAUGUUUUCUACAAUAUUUCAACUGGCAAAGCAACGCAAGAUAGCCCAUUUCCUACAGAUACACAGUCAUUCCUAGGCCAAGAUACUAGACUUAUAUCUUUCAGUAUAAGUGGUGAAAAUGAAACUGUUGCUGUUCUCCUCGAUGGAAAUAGUGCAAUUUAUCCUCUUUCUAAAGAUUGCACGGAUAAUAUAAGGGAUCCAGUAUGGCUUGAUCUUCCACCUGCUCGGGCCAUAGGACUUGGCGUCCAUUCAUUGAAAGAUGUUACUGCAAGUCAAAAGAAUCAAGUAGCUAUUGUUGUGCUUGCUUUAGAGCAUCAAACUUUAUUGCCUCCUAUUCUAAAAUGUGAACAAGAGACUGUAAGACAAACACUGACUUCAUUGGAAAGAGAUUCAGGGACACCAUUUGGUCAGAAUACUCUGCAAAGUGUUUUAAAUGAACGCUGUGAUGGUAACAGAAAUAUAUUUCAUGCUGCCGUUACAACGUGCUUCCCAUCUUCAAACAAGGAUUCUGAUAUGGCAGGUGAAACAAGUGGAAAUGGCAGCCUAGAAUCUUUAGAUUUGUUAAGUGGUGCAGUGGCAUCUAAUGGUAGUAAUCAUCCAUCAUCUCGCAGUGUAUCAUUACGGGAUAUAAUGAGGCGAGCAACCAGUGCUGCACGCAACUUGGCUGGAUUGGAAAACCGUGACAAUGAUGUGGGAAUACCAUCUUUGGGAUGGCCUCCAGAACCUGUUGAUUCUGCUACUGGUUCAAUGUCACCUUUAGGUAGUCUGUCCAAUUCUCUGGAACCAUCUGAAAGAAAAAAUGCAGCAUUGAAUAUUUUAUUAAAUUUGUGUGAAUCUCCUGUGCUAAAACCUUUCUUAAAAGAUCUAUUAACUGCCAGGGAUGCUCAAGGUUGUACUCCUUUUAUGUCUGCUGUCACUGGACGUGCCUAUCCUGCAGCAUUAGUUUUGAUGGACACUUUUCUACGACUUGCUCAGGAAACUUGUCGAGAUGCAGAGAGUCGACAAAAAUUCAUGCAACCAAUGAUUUAUCCAAAAACAGCUCAACCAGACGAUUCUCCUCUACAUGUCUUGUGUUACAACGAUACGUGCAGUUUCACUUGGACUGGUGCAGAUCAUAUUAAUCAAGAUAUAUUUGAAUGCCGGACAUGUGGGCUGACAGGAUCAUUAUGCUGUUGCACUGAAUGUGCAAGAGUUUGCCAUAAAGGACAUGAUUGCAAAUUGAAAAAAACUUCACCUACUGCUUAUUGUGAUUGUUGGGAAAAAUGCAAGUGUAAAGCUCUUGUUUCUGGUCACCAAGGGUCUCGCUAUCAGCUUCUCAAUAAGUUGAUUCAAGAAACUGAUUUGGUUACAUAUCCCAAUAGUCGAGGUGAAAGCAUUCUAUUAUUCCUUGUUCAAACUGUUGGCCGCCAAUCUAUUGAACACAAGCAGUAUAGACCUACCAGGCCAAGGACUUCUGCACCUCGUAAAACUCCAGCUUCUGAAAUUUCAGCUGAAGCGGAUAUGCCCGACCAUGACAUGGAACCACCCAAGUUCUCUCGUAAAGCUUUGGAACGUCUGCUGAAUGAUUGGAAUGCUGUAAAAUCUACUAUUUUGACAGGUUGGAAAGGGGAUGAUCAGUCUUCUCUUAAAUCAUCAUUUGGUUUCAUGUAUGAAGAGCAAGCUUAUCUUAGCCAACAAAAUGGAACAGCUUUACUUGACAAAUUUACUCACUGUCUCCUAACUAAAUGCACUUCAGAGAUGCUAGAUACAUUGUUAACAACAUUAAUUCGAGAAAUAAAUGAUAACAAAGAAGGAAGAAGUGCUGAAGCUACAAUGGUUGCAAGACGUUUUGUGCGAUCUGUUGCGAGGAUAUUUGUUGUGUUAAAUGUUGAGAUGGUGCCUAACACAUCAAAAAAGAAAAAUAAUAGUGCUACUUCACAACCUUUGGCUAAAUGCAAGAGAGUAUUUCAAGCUUUGAUUACACUUGCUGUUGAAGAAUUAUGCGAGACUGCUGAUGCUCUUUUAGCACCUGUGAGACUUGGUGUUACCAGGCCUACAGCACCAUUCACCCUAGUUACAUCUAGCAAUGAUGCUGUUCAUGGAAGUGAGGAACUAUUUGCUGUAGAUCCAAUGAUGGCUCGCAGCAACAGUGGUGAACUCACUAUCCGUACAACUAGUGGUCUUGUAGUGGAAUCUCAGUCUUCAAUGGGAGCUGAUGGUUCUUCACGUGAACGAGAGGAUGAAGAUCCCGAGGUGGAUGUGAUGGAAAGAGAAGUGAGUGAAGAUCAAGACCCAGAGGAGAGUGAAAGAGAUGAACCUGCUGAUCAAUCUGAGCAGGAUAAUGUCCCUCCAGAACAAAACGAUGAGGAAAGUGACAGUGACAGUGAUAGUAAUCCAGAUAGUGCAUCCUAUCAAAGCAACCAGGAUAAUACAAGUGCACAAAGAAGUACCACAACUGGUGGCGCAACUGUAGGUUCUGAUGCAGGAUCCAGUGGUGCAAUAUUGAAGAAAGCUAGGAAAUGGAAACUGUUCCGAGCUCAAGAUCAAUCGUUUUCAUCUAGUGUUACAAGUCUCCCUUAUUUUUCUGAGGAUGAUUCUGCAGAAUCUUCAAAUGCUGAGGAUGAAGAGGAAAGUGAAGCUGGUGAGACUGAACCAGAUACAGAAGAAGCAUUUAUGGACGAACAGUUGGAACGUAGAAGUAAUAGUGGUUCUUCAGGGCCAAGACCAAAUUUGGCUCCCCAACACAUGCAGUGGGCUUUACGUCAAAGAGAAACUAGUCGUGGAUCCAUUCCCUCUUCUGGUAGGUUGGGCUCAAGUGGGUUAAUAUAUAUUGAUCCAUCUUCUCUUCGACGAGCUGCUGGUACAACUGCAUCAGUUUCGGCAACUGUAACUCAAGACUGUUCUGCUUCAUCUGUUACAACAUCAGUUUCCCUGGCUAGAGCUUUUGGAAUACUAAUGAGACAGAUUGCUGAUCUUCUUACUAUGUUACAAGAUUAUCAUGCCUUGAUGCCUAAUUUAGGAAGUGUACUGGAUGUUACAUAUCAAGACUCGCUAAAUUUACAGAUGUAUCUUGAUUAUCAUUUACGGCCUACAUGGGAAUGGCUGAUGACAGUAAUGGAUUCUACAGAAGCCCAGCUGCGUUUUGGAUGUGCUUUGACAUCUGGAUCUCACCCUUCACAUUCUGCUCAUCCUGUGCAUUCAUCUGUGCAUCCAAGAUCUAGUAGAAAUAGAGGAGAAAAUGAAGGUCGAGCAGCUAGUAGCACAAACGAUUCCCGACGCAAGGCAUCUGAUGGACUUUCUGCUAGAAGAGACUUCCUGUCAUAUGCAUUAUCUUUGAUGCGUGCUCAUAACCAUGAACAUUUUGAUUCCUUACCUAGUUUGGAUGUGAAUGCUUUAAAGCAUAUUGCCUAUGUUUUUGAUGGACUUGUAUACUAUGUUCGGUCAGGUAUAGAUGGUGGCGAUUCAGAAGCAGUCAGAGAAGGUUUGAAUUUAGAAUCGUGGAAUGAUCAGGAUGAAAAUGAAAAUGAAGAACAAGAAGAGGAAAGUAGCUCACAAGUACCUAUGGACAUAGAUGGAACUGAAGAAGAAGCUCCAAUAUCUUCAAAAGGUCGCAAACACAUCUUUUUCCAACGCUCUGACUCCACUUUAUUCCUUGGAUGCCCACCACCUGAUCCAUUUAACCACCCUCUCUCUGAGACAUUGUUGUUAGCUGACCAGCCCCAUCUUUUACAACCUACAUCUAAAAAAGAAGAUCUGUUUGGAUUGCCUAGGUCUUUUUCUUCUUCAUCUGAACCAGGCCCUGAUUACUCUGCAUAUGGUGACUUUGAAGCUGUGCCUAUGAGAUUAGGACUUUCUCUCAGAACUGCAGAUGCUCAUCGACCUACUGCUCCUUCUCGGUUGCCACCAUUACCAUUAUCUGUAAGACAACCUGCCCCACCUCCUCCCCCUACAGAAUAUGAAGAUAAAGAAAACUUAAGUGAGUCACGAAAGUCACAUUUGGAUGAUACUGCUGAACCCAGUAAUGAAUCUUUCUCUGACUGUUCUGGUCCUAGUAGAUCUGGUUUUGAGGGACAGGAAUUUGCUAUUGCAAUGACAACAAAUAAUCGCAUACCAUCAGAGCCUUUAGAUUAUGAAUCUGAUAACUUUGGGAAUAAAUCAGUAGCAGAAUCUCUACGGGCACCAAUUAUUGUUGCCCCACCAGGAAAGAAAGAAGAGAUCAGUCCAGUCAAAUCUAGUGUCAUUGUGCAUGCUGGCUGUAUUAGACAACCAUCAUCAGCUAGUCAAAGUCCUGAUCUUCAGAGCAGUUCUUCUGCUGGUUACAUAGCAGCUCCAAGUCCAGCAGCUGAAGUGACUGUUUCUUCUACUAGUACAACAGGAACAACAACAUCCACCAGCAAUGCCCUUUCACGAGAAACUGGUGCAAAUUUAGGACCCGAACCUGUGCCAGGACCAAGCUAUUCACAAAACAGGUGCUUAAAUUCUGUUGGCCAAAUGUUUUCACAUGACAUGCUUCUUGGUAGAUGGCGUUUGUCGUUGGAAUUGUUUGGUCGUAUCUUUGUAGAUGAUGUUGGAGCUGAACCAGGAUCAAUUAUUACUGAUUUAGGGGGAUUUCCAGUCAAAGAAAUGAGGUUUCGAAGAGAAAUGGAGAAAUUGAGAAGUACUCAACAACGUGAUCUUACCUUAACAAAAGUAGAAAGGGAUCGGACAUCUAUUCUCCAACAAACGUUCAAAGAGCUGAAUACUCAAUUUAACAAUUACACUCGUCGAAGCUCGGGAGGUACACCACCACUCACAGUUUCACGAGUGAAAGUUACUUUUAAAGAUGAACCUGGAGAAGGAAGUGGUGUAGCAAGGAGUUUCUAUACAGCUGUGGCUGAAGCUGUGUUGUCUCAAGAAAGAUUGCCAAACCUUGAAACUUGUCAAGUUGGGGGAAAUAGAGCCCUACAGUACAGUGAGUUUUAUUCUCACUAUGGUUUGCAUAGAAGUAAAACUGCUUUUGUUACAGAUCUCAUACAAAGGUUGAGGACCCGUGAGCGAGAAAGAGAGAAAAAAGCAGCACCAAAUUCUCCAAGGCUCAAAGAGACAAAAGGACGGGAUUCUCCUUUAACUUUACGGUAUGAUGCUCCACCUUUUGUAGCUCCCGGUGAAGCUGGUAGCAGUGGUCAGAGUAGCAAUGAACACCUGAGUCCUCACCGACAGCAGCUUGGUCAACGUCUCUACCCUAGAGUUCGAGCUAUAAAUCCAACUCUUGCCAAUCGUAUAACCGGCAUGCUUUUGGAAUUGUCUGCAGCACAGCUGUUAAUGCUGUUGGCUUCAGAUGAUGCUUUGCGACAAAAAGUGGACGAAGCUACUGAUAUUAUUAUGUCACAUAGGAGUGAGCCAAACAGUGACAGCCUGCUUGAUUUAGAUGUAUUCACUUUGGGUAAGCGUUCUCGAAGUGGGAGCACUACUCGAAGAAGUGAUGAAGAGGAUGAAGAUAUAGAUGAUAACUGCCCACUUUUCUAUCAGCCUGGCAAACGAGGUUUCUAUUCUCCCAGGCAAGGAAAAUGCACUCCUGAGCGAAUGAAUGCUUUUCGCAAUGUAGGUCGUGUUAUUGGGCUUUGUCUUCUACAAAACGAGCUCUGUCCAAUCUAUUUGAAUCGCCAUGUUAUUAAAUAUAUCAUUGGGAAGCGCAUUGGCUGGCAUGAUCUUGCCUUCUUUGAUCCCGUCCUCUACGAAUCGCUGCGGCAGGUAGUUGUAGAUGCUGAAGCAAAGGAAGGCAAUGUUUUCUCGUCCUUGGAUCUUACAUUCUGCAUUGAUUUGAGCAUUGAAGAGGGUGGAGGAAAUGUCGAAUUAAUUCCUGGUGGAAGAGAUAUCGAAGUCAAUGCACAGAACGUCUACGAUUACAUUAGAAGGUAUGCUGAAUAUCGGAUGAUUCGAUCACAAGAAAAAGCUUUGGAUGCUUUACGUUCUGGUGUGUAUGAUGUUUUACCAUCUAGUGCCUUUGAUGGUCUGACUGCCGAAGAUUUUCGUUUACUUUUGAAUGGUGUUGGUGAAAUAAAUGUUCAGACUUUAAUCAGCUAUACUUCUUUCAAUGAUGAAAGUGCUGAAGGUGCCGAUCGUUUACUCCGAUUCAAAAGAUGGUUUUGGUCAAUUGUGGAAAAAAUGUCUAAUUUUGAAAAGCAAGAUUUGGUGUACUUUUGGACUGGAAGUGCUGCUUUGCCUGCCAGUGAAGAAGGCUUCCAGCCCAUGCCCAGCAUAACUAUACGACCUGCUGAUGACCAUUUUUUCCCGACAGCCAACACAUGUAUAUCCCGACUAUACAUUCCUCUAUAUUCGUCUAAAACUAUUCUACGUUCAAAACUCCUGUUAGCAAUCAAAACUAAAAACUUUGGUUUUGUCUAAUCAUGAACUUUUGUAGUUAUCAUUUGUAUUAUUUAAAAUCUUCCCUGUGAUGUUCUGACAAAUAUUAUAGUGUGCAAAUAGCAUAAUAAUCAUACUGUUUUGUGUAAUAGACUGGAAGGAAGCUUCCCUUUCCUAAUGUCUUUGUGUGAAAAAUAAAAGUGUUUUAUAUGAA